ACUGUAACGCUUGUGUUACUCACGCGCCCAUCACCAACUUCACUGCUUUCAGUGCGUUUCACGGCAACGCUGAGAACAAUUCUGUCUUCUUCUCAUUGAUUACCAUUGGCGUGUUCCACAGCUCGUUUCUGGGAAGUAUUUCGCACAUACUGGUAGCCUGGAUUGUGGAGUUGCGUGGAAAGUCGUGAGCUCUGCCGUCACAGACUCGGAAGCGGUCGCUCAAGCAUGAGAGCCAUUAAAGGAGUGCUUUUAACUUGUGACUCAGCUGUUAAGCAAAUACUACUCACGAUGAACGAGAAGGAUCCUUUCGUUAUUGAGGAUUUAGAUGAUUACCAUCUAGUUAUCAAGGCAGAUGAGGAAUAUAGAGUGAGAAGGGAGCUCGAAGCUGAGUUGGAGAAGAACACAUACAGUCUAGAAACAAACUAGUUUUUCACCCUCAUUCUACGGCAUAAGUACUUUCCCUACUGUGGCCUUAGGUCUGUCUGUGACACUGCCCAUAAUCUAUCGGAUUGGGCUCGA